UAUCUCGCUAAUUUAGCCAGAGAUCCAGCUGUUGCUUCUCCUAUACAGCCUGGAGCAUGUGCAGUAUCAGGUAUUUUCUGCUCUAUUUUGAUAUUCGUUAUUGCCUAUGUGAGAUCAAGAUAUCCUCAAAUGGCUUUUGCUACUGUUUUUGCUGGCAUGAUUGGCUCGUUUGCAUUAACGCAAAAUGUGGCAACACCAGGUUUCAAACCCUCAAUAACAGUAAGUUGA